GCGCCUGUGGCAGCCGGCAUCGGCUAAUUUCCAUAACAAGCUUGUUUCUUCCUGUUGCCGCCGCCACUGCCCAGAAAGUUGCGACAUUGCCGUACAUGAUAAAUCCGCACCAGCCCCAUUUUUGUCCUCUACCACAGCCCACUACCACCACCGUUGCGAUCCGUCAGAAAGCUGCCGUCGAUCAUCAACUUGCAAAACUAGCCUUCGGUAGCACAGCAGUACUACAUGCCUUCUGCCUCUGUCAAUGCCCCUGCUACAGCUGCCACAGAUCCGAUAUCCAGAAACUUCAUCGGUGCAGUUAAAGACGAAUGGCAACUCUAUAGCGAUCACGCACAAGACUACGACAUUGGUCCGCCCAUUGGAUACGGUGCCUCCUCCAUCGUUUACACAGCGACUUUCCAGCCGACACCGGAGCCGAUGCGGACGCCAUGCGCACUCAAAGUAGUCGACCUUGAUCGCCUGCCGCAACACACCCUUCACCUGCUCAUGCAAGAAACACAACUGAUGUCAUUGUCCAAGCAUCCGAACGUCCUCCGUGUGCGCGGACAGUGGAUGGACGGGCACAAGUUGUACAUUGCCCUUAGGCUAAUGAACGCAGGAAGCGCAGCGGACGUGAUGCGCUACGCUUGGCCUGGUGGAAUGGAGGAAGAUGUCGUCAAAUGUAUCCUCAAGCAGGCUCUUGAGGGGAUCAAUUAUCUCCACAUCAACGGUCUCAUUCACCGCGACAUCAAAGCUGCGAACCUGCUCAUUGACGAAGAUGGUACUGUGUUACUCGGUGACUUGGGUGUCGCCGCGCCCCUGUGGGAGACCGAAGAUUCCGUAAACGCGAAGUCCUACGGCAAGAACCCGAUCGACAUCAGCUCACCAUCUGGCUUUCGUACACCAAAUACCCACUCAUCACACAUUUAUACCCACGGCCACAAUCAUACCCAUUCGCAUCCGAAGCCGCGCCUAGCAGGCAAGCGCAAGUCGUUUGUCGGCACACCAUGUUGGAUGGCCCCGGAAGUCAUCACUGGUAAGCAAUAUGACGCGUCCGCCGACAUCUGGUCUUUCGGCAUUACCGCGUUGGAACUUACACAAGGCCGAGCACCGCUCUCGCGUGCCGCCCCUGCAUCCGUCCUCACGCACGUUGCCACUUCGCCGCCGCCGAAGAUGGAUCGGAAAACCGGUGUGCAUACAUACUCCGCCGCGUUCGCGGAUAUCGUCACCCAGUGCCUGCAGAAGGACCCUAGUAAGCGGCCAACAGCACAGGACUUGCUCAAUACUGGCUUCUUCAAGAGCGCGAAGAAGAAAGGGUACCUAGUUGGGACUGUCUUGAAGGGCUUGCCUCCACUAGUGCAAAGGCAAGAGAAGCGCCCUGUACCUGGCAUGACGGCACAUCGUACCAUGGACAGCUGGGACUUCAGCGUUCGGGAGGACAUGAUCGCAUGCCCUACCAACAGCGUGUACAGUUUCCACAGUCAUUUCUUCAAGAAGCGGCGCAGUACGCUGCCGCGGGACGGUAUCACGGAGCUGAACGAUGAGGACCGGGGAGAUCAGGUGUCGAGCGAGACCGAGCCCAGGUUGAGUUCAAAUGCUGCCACAUACGCACAAGACGUCCGUCAGCACUAUAGGUCGAGGUCCCAUUCUUACUCCUGGAGCGUUUCCUCGGAUGGUAGCCGGUCCUGUGGUACGCAACCCCACUCCAAGACGGCGUGCGGAACGCCUGCGAAGGAGCCCGACGGGGUGGAGGGGGCAUCGACUCCGGCGACUAUGUCUGCGGCACCCAGCAAACGCGAAGAUGUGGGCCUGCCAAGCAACGCUUCCAGCCAGAUGCCCUUGUCUCCCGCGCUCUCUGAGAGUUCGUCGCACACCUCGUCUUCCGUCCCGACAUCGCCAGAGCCAUCCGAGCCUGUCACGCCCCCACAGCCUGCUGCUACGCCGCAGCCAAAGCUCUGGCGGCAGCUCGUCGGGCGCAGCGAGGGCGGCCACCACGGAAAGGAUGAGUGCGACGACGUGGUUGGAAGUAGUGGUGCAGGUGCAGGUGAGUCGUUCAGGCGCAGGGCCUUCGGUGGAAUGAGCAGCCUUGUGCGGACCAUGCGCUCUGGCAGACAGUAACGCAAGGCCCCGUCGUCGUUCUGGGCCCGUCCCCAUGUGCAUCUGAAUGGCGUGCCAUAUGUGCACUACGCGGAUCUGUGGGUUCUCUUGCUUCAUUUGGCUAGGGCUAUAUACUCUAGUCCUGCUUGGCUGGCAUGCUACUCUGCCUUAGGCCGGGUUGUAUACCAAAAUUGCGCAUAUGUUUCGGUAUUCGUCUGGUGUUGUGUCGUUGUUUUGAAUGCUCGCCUUUCGCGAGUGCUGUUCUUGAUCUGUCCCCAUGUAAUAUUGUGCUCACGUCAUUAUGCGUGUACUAAUACUGGCAAUAAUUAACGAUCG